CGCCGGCGAAGUCAAAAUCCCUCUUUCUAACGUUCUCUCACACGGCAAGAAGCUUCAUCGGAAAAUGCUUUCCAAUUCUCCGACGAUUUCCAGGUUCUCCAUUCUCUCCGACCACCACCAUCUCCACCGUCGCAGCUACAACCACCACUCUCUAUCUCAUUCUCCGCCGCCGCCGCCACCGUCUCAUCUACGAAAGAUCCAAAUCCUACGCCUCCGUCGUAAUUUCCAAAUAUCCGCCAUAGACGCAGCUCAACCCUUCGACUACGAAUCCAAAAUAUCCGACCGCAUCGCAAAAUCCAAAACACUAAAAAUUGCCAUUGUAGGCUUCGGCAACUUUGGCCAAUUCCUUGCGAAAACCCUAGUUCGUCAAGGUCACAACGUCCUUGCACACUCCCGCACCGAUUACUCCGCUGUGGCAACAGAGCUUGGCGUCUCUUUCUACUCUAACGCCGACGACCUCUGCGAAGAACACCCCGAGGUAAUCCUCCUCUGCACAUCAAUCCUUUCAACCGACAAAGUACUCCGCUCAUUGCCAUUACAAAGGUUGAAACGAAGCACAUUAUUCGUAGAUGUUUUAUCUGUUAAAGAAUUCGCUAAAGAUUUGUUCUUGCAAAUAUUGCCAUCAGAUUUCGAUAUUCUUUGUACCCAUCCGAUGUUUGGGCCUGAAAGUGGUAAAAACAGUUGGAAAAAUCUUCCAUUUGUGUAUGAAAAAGUUAGAAUUGGGCAUGAUGAAGCUAGGGUUUCGCGUUGCCAAAAAUUUCUUGAUGCUUUUGCCAAAGAAGGGUGCAUUAUGAAGGAGAUGACUUGUGCUGAGCAUGAUCAGCAUGCAGCAGAGUCUCAAUUCAUAACCCAUACAGUUGGGAGGAUCUUGGAGAAGCUGAAUUUGGAUAGUACCCCAAUUAACACAAAAGGGUAUGAGAGAUUGUUGGAUUUGGUGGAUAAUACAUCAAGUGAUAGUUUUGAGUUGUAUUAUGGGUUAUUUAUGUACAAUAAGAAUGCAAUGGAACAGUUGGAAAGAUUGGAUUUGGCUUUCGAAUCUUUGAAGAAAGAGCUGUUUGGUCAUUUGCAUGAGGUUUUGAGGAAGCAAUUGUUUGGGACUAGAGAACGGUAUUUGGGCGUUUUACCAGAAGCACCAGUCUUGUCGAAAUUGCCUCCUAAUGGGAAUGGGAAUGGGAAUGGGAAUGGGAAUGGGAAUGGGAAUGGACCUGCAUUACCAUCUGAAUCAGAUUCUACUAGCUGAGAACAGUGCAAUAAGUUUCCAAUUCAUGGUGUAGAUCGAUUGUUAUGUUGUACGAUGCUAAUGUGUGGUUCUAUGGCUUAUGAGACAAAUGGGGAAGGAGACAAUCUAAAUGCAGGGUCAUAUUUCCUCACUUGUAUGAAGCUGCAAAUUUUGUUAUAUUUUUAGAAGUUUUUAAUCUUGGUGGGAGCUUGUUAGAUUAGUAGGGAUUGCAGAAGCAGAUUUCCUUCAUUUAUGUGGUUAUUAUGGGAUAUCAAUAAAAGUGUUUUUGUAGUUUUAUUUGGGUGAUCAAGUUUCAAGAAUAAGUGUAUUUCUGUACCUUUGCUUUCAGAAAUGGAGGACCAAGAGGUUUUUGUUC